CCUGAAAAGCUCAACAACAAAGCGGUGGAAAGAAGGAUCAAGAAAUGGACAUUAACACGGGUCAAAUAGUACGUGCACCGAGCCCCAUGGAGAGCCUAGAGAAGCAGCUCAGCUGCCCCAUCUGCCUGGAGAUGUUCACAAAGCCGGUCGUCAUUCUGCCAUGCCAACACAACCUGUGCCGCAGGUGUGCCAAUGAUCUCUACGACUCCAAAAACCCCUACCACUAUUCCGGAGGUAUCUUCCGCUGCCCAACCUGUCGCUUUGAGGUGGUGCUGGACCGCCACGGCGUCUACGGUCUGCAGAGGAACCUUCUGGUGGAGAACAUCAUUGACAUCUACAAGGAACAGUUGGAGAAAGGUAAUUCCCUUGAACCCCCUCUGAAAUCAAAAGACACAAAAGAACCAAUGUGCGAGGUACACGAAGAUGAAAAAAUAAACAUCUACUGCAUGACCUGCCAGACACCAACAUGCUCCAUGUGCAAAGUAUUCGGUCAGCACAAAGACUGUGAAGUGUCCACAUUGAAAGUCGUUUACGAAGGCCAGAAGUCAGAGCUCAAAAAUUCAAUUGAACUGCUGGGCGCUAGCAAUAGCUGCCUGCAGGCACUGUUAACUCAGAUGGAGAAAAUGGGCAAAACUGUGGAAGAAAACAGCCAACUGCAGAAGCAAAAGCUAAUGGAGAAGUUUGACCUGCUUUACGCUAUCCUAGAGGAGCGCAAGUCCCAACUCCUAGAUCAAAUCAGCCAAGAACAGGACGAGAAAGUGGUGGUAGUGCAAUCUCUUGUCCAGCAGUACAAUGAGCAGCUACAGGCCAGCAUUAAACUGAUGGACAAAGCCACCCAGACCAUGGACAACAGCAGUGUGGCCGAGUUUCUCAUCGCUGCCAAAAAGCUCAUCACAGAAGCCAAAGACGCAUCCAAGAGCUCCCAUCUCCAGCGGCCUGAGCCUGGCUUUGAGAAUAUGGACCAUUUAACAGUCUUUACUGAUGAUGUGGAGGCCAUGCUUGCAAAAAUGGACUUUGGGGUGGGUAAGGAUGAAGAUGAUGAUGAUGAAGAAGAAGAGGAAUAAACAUUAAUGGGCUUUAGGGAAAGACUGUGGGAAAACAACAGUAGAUGAAAAGCCUUAUUAAUGAUUUGAUAAGGCCAUUAAUCUGGCUGCUUUUGAAAACUGUGAGAUAAGGGGAGUGCAAUCUUAACAAAGCAGUUUUUGUACAAAUUGUACAAAUUGCACCAUUUCUAAUGACCUUUCCACUUUAAUUUUAUACUUUUUGUAUUAAUAUGUUCAUAAUGAAUUGUUUUUUAUAUUUGUAGUAGAAUGUAGAUGUUAAAGUUUAUACUUGAUCAGUUUAUAUUUGUUUGCUAAACUGAAGCUAGAUCUGUGAGCUGUAGAAUACAGCUUUGCUAAUUUACCUUAGAUUGCCAUGUGAGAUCGAAAAUAUUUAAAUACUUGAAAUUCAAAAUAAUGCACUUGAUAGAUUAACUGUACUGUAAAACCUCAUUUUCAUUGGAUAAUUUGUUGAAAAUAAAGGAGGUACAAGAA